UUAUUCUUCAGGCGGAUCACGCGAUGUCGACGAGCCUGGUCAUCGGUAGGUGCGAAGUGCCAAUCUUCGGGCACCAUCGACGGCGACGCCUCCAAAGUCCAAACCCCACGCACUCGGCAUUGCCGCCGGCACCACGAUAUCACCGCCCCGCCGGUGUCAUGAGGCCUCUGCUCUCCCGCCUAUUCGCCCCCAGUUACAUCGCCAUGGCCGCCCCCUCCGCAUCGCCGUCCCGACGGCUUGCCCACCUCACACGCCACCUCCUCGCCUCUUCCUCGUCCUCCUCUUCCGGCGAGCUCUCCUCGGUGGGCGCCCCCGCCCCCGCCGCCUCCAGCCCGGCCCGCGCGGCCGCAUCCAAGGCCUUCGCCGCCGUGCUGGUCUGCAUCUUCGAGGACACACGCGGGGACCCCCGCGUCCUCCUCACCAAACGCGCCUCCACCCUCUCGUCCCAUUCAGGGGAGGUGUCGUUGCCGGGAGGCAAGGUGGAUCAGGGGGAUGUGGAUGUUAAGGCCACCGCUCUGCGGGAGGCAGAGGAGGAGAUUGGGCUGGACCCGGCGCUUGUAUCUGUUGUGACAGUUCUUGAGCCCUUCUUGUCCAAGAAUGGCCUUGAUGUUACUCCUGUAAUUGGCAUUCUUUCGGAUAGAGCUCUAUUCAAUCCUGUCUUGAAUAAAGCUGAAGUGCAAGACAUCUUUGACGCCCCUCUGGAGAUGUUUCUGAAGGAUGAUAACCGGACAACAAGACAAAGGGACUGGAUGGGGAAGACUAUUCCGGUCCAGUUCUUUGACUACGAGGCAGAGGGCAAAAAAUAUGUCAUUUGGGGCUUGACCGCACACAUUCUGACCCGUGCUGCAUCAGUCGUUCUACAGAGACAACCAUCAUUCUCUGAACUUCCAAACAGACCAGAAAAUAUUCCCACCAGCAAGCACUGACGAGCUGAAAACUUGGGCAGCAAUAUUGAUAUGUACUCCCUCUGUACCAAAAUACUUGUCGUUGGGGAAAACCAGUACAAGUUCCCCCAGCGACAAGUAUUGUGGUACAGAGGGAGUAUGUAAUUGUAGCAAUUUUUACACCCCAUUUACUGGUACAAGAGGCUAUCAGAAGUCUAAAAUUAAACAGGUAAUGUAUAUCUGUAGAGAUGUAAUUUGCAUUGCAUGUAUAGCACAGGAAGUAGUAUCCUGGAACAUUUUGUGACAUCCUCUUUUGAGUUCAGAGUCAAGACAAUGAACGCUCUGUGGAAUGUGAA